UUAGCUGCAAAGUGAGAGUCGCUGACAACAAAGCAUCUACUUUGUUUAAUCAUUUUACACAUCUCUCUCUCUCUAUCUCUUAAUCAUCAUCAUCAUCAUCCUCAUAAUUCGUCAUCUCCAUUCAUUUCUGUCUCUCUCUCUCUCUCUCUCUCUCAGACUUUUGCAGAAGAGCAGUGCAGUUGAUGAUGCUGAUGAAUAUGAUUAUGCCGUCCUGCUAAUCCUCCUUUUUCUUCUUUACUGCUGUCUUCUUAUUCUUGUUAUUAAAUUUAUUUCCUUCUUUUUCUUUGUUCCUCUGGGGGUAAAAAAAGAAAAAAGAAAAUCCAAUCACAAAAGGGCAGGCUAGCACUAACUCGUAGGAAUUCUCUCUUUCUGCCCUUAAUCAUUUCCAGUUCUCUACUCCCUCUUGCUCUUUUUCCUUCUUUUAACAUCCCUCCAUCUUUCGCCCAACUUCCCUUGCUCUCUCUCCCUAUCUUACAUCUACAGCGCAUCUAUCGUUUCAAUUGCUCUCAUUCCCCUCCAAAAGUCAUAACUAGUGAUUGGGUGAGCAAGAAGGAGAGGCAGGAACUGAGGGAGAAAACAGGGCACUUUCAUUGUCAUAUAGAUGAAGAAGGAACUUCUCCAACAGACAUCGCUGGCUCUGAAAGUCUAUAUACUUGCUGGACUCUGAUUCUAGCCAGGCUAAAACGAUGCAGCAAGGAGGAGGGGAUCCCACUCAAUCCCCAUAUGGACUCCCAUCUGUUACAAUGACCACUCACAUGCUGGUCUCAGCCGCAGUCGACCAACAGCAGCAGCAGCUAGUAGAAGAGGCCUCACCCAUUAGCAGCCGACCUCCCGCGACCACCGGCGGGAAUUUGGAUGACUUUAUGAGGCUAUCAGGGAGCGCAGCCGACGAGGAUGAAUUAGCAGAUCGAGCUACAAGCGGUAACAGAUGGCCUCGUCAAGAAACAAUUGCUCUUCUCCAAAUUAGGUCUGAUAUGGAUGCCGCCUUUCGCGAUGCCACCGUCAAGGGUCCUCUUUGGGAAGAUGUCUCCAGGAAGCUAAAUGAGCUAGGCUACAAGAGAAGCGCAAAAAAAUGUAAGGAAAAAUUUGAGAAUGUGCACAAAUAUUACAAACGCACAAAGGAAGGGCGAGGGGGUCGCCAAGAUGGGAAAACCUAUAGGUUUUUCACCCAGCUAGAGGCUCUCCACAACACUACCGGCGCAACUAUCAACAUAGUCUCACCCUCUCAGCCAAUAUCCACUGCCGCCACCACAGCCACAACCACCUUAGAUGUCUCUCCUGUUUCUAUUGGAAUCCCUAUGCCUGCAGUCUCCUCCGUUAGAAAUUAUCCACCUUCAACUGUUGGCAUCUCCACAAUAUUUCCUGCUGUUACUGCACCGCUGCCGCCUCCACCUCCACCUCCACGUGCAGGUAUUAGCUUCUCGUCAACUUCAAAUGGUUCUUCUUCUUCCCCAAGCUUCCAAGAUGAUGAUGAUGAUGAUGAUGAUGAUGAUGAACCAUCCAACAUUGCUGCUGGUUCCAGCCGCAAACGUAAAAGGCAUUCUUCUGAAGGAGGCACCCGCCGGAUGAUGGACUUUUUUGAGGGGCUUAUGAAACAUGUUAUGCAAAAGCAAGAGGCCAUGCAACAGAGGUUCUUGGACGCCAUAGAAAAAAGAGAAAAUGACCGGGUGGUCAGAGAAGAAGCCUGGAAAAGGCAAGAGAUGGCCAGAUUGAGCCGCGAGCAUGAGCUUAUGGCUCAGGAGAGGGCCAUUUCUGCUUCCAGAGAUGCUGCCAUAGUUUCCUUUAUACAAAAGAUUACUGGCCAAACCAUCCAAUUGCCUUCUCCUGUAACUAUUCCAGCAGUCCUACAGCCACCACCCGCGCCCCAAUCGAAACCUGUGCCAUUGGCACCCAUAGUCACUGUCUCAAUCCAACAGCCACCACUCCCGCAACCACCAUCAGCUGCAGCUCCACCACCACCUCAACAACAAGACAAGCAUCAAGUUCAUCGUCAUCAUGAUCGCCAAUCAUCUAUUUCCUCCGAAUUGGCAAUUGGUGUCGCAGAGGGAAUGCCGCAAGAGAUUGGCAGUAGUAGGAGCCUUGAACCAAGCUCUUCAAGAUGGCCGAAAGCAGAAGUACUAGCACUUAUAAAAUUGAGGAGUGGGCUUGAGUUCAGAUACCAGGAGGCGGGGCCCAAGGGCCCACUUUGGGAAGAAAUCUCAGCGGGGAUGCAGCGGAUGGGCUACAAGAGGAGUGCCAAGAGAUGUAAGGAGAAAUGGGAAAACAUCAACAAGUACUUCAAGAAGGUCAAAGAAAGUAACAAGAAACGUCCUGAAGAUGCCAAGACCUGUCCCUAUUUUCACGAACUAGAUGCGCUUUAUAGGAAAAAGGUACUUGUCACAACCGCUGGAGGUGGAACCAUUAGCACUAGUGGAUUUGCCAACCAAAUCACUAGGCCGGAACAGCAGCAGCAGCAGGAGAGUACAAAGCCAGAUGAUAGGACUGAGGCCUCGGCAACAUUACUCCCGGCACAAUCUUCUCAAUCACAAGCCAAAGGUGGAAGUGGUGCUGAUGCUAAUACUGGUUUGCCUGGUAAUCUCUUUGGAGAAGGAAAUGCAGGAGCAGGAAACAAGCCAGAAGACAUCGUGAAGGAGCUUAUACAACCGCAGGGGCCGCAAAAGCAACAAGAAUCACAGUUUACGGUGCAUGACUAUGAGAAAAUGGAGGAAGAUGAUGACAGUGACAUAGAUCAUGAGAAUGAUGAAGAUGAUGUCGAAGAAUUGGAUCUUGAGGACGACGAAGAAGAAGAUGACGAUGAAGUACAAGAAGAAGAGAGGAAGAUGGCCUACAAAAUAGAAUAUCAGAGGCCGAACACGAGCGCCUCUAAUGGGGGAGGGAAUGGGGCGCCCUCCAUUUUGGCCAUGGUCCAGUAACAGUCCGAGUCACAUCCUCAAAUGUAAAGUAUGUACUUACGAUGGUUACGGUCAACAACAAUGGUAGAUCUAAUUCUCUAAAGUGUUGAGAUCACAACUGGAGAAUGUCAGAGAGGCACCACAUGCUGUUUUUGGCCACCCUCAACUCUGUUUAGAACUUGGGUUCGAGCCCUUGAGCUAGCACCGGUUGACUUACUGACCAUUGAUUGAAUCUUUCUGAUUCGUCAUCCAUCAGAUUAAAAGCUCAAACAAGAUAUCUAACACUAUUCACGAUCAAAGCCUAACAAUCUCCAUUCUUUCACUUUUAUUUAUUUAUUUAUUUCUAUUUUUUAAACUUAUACCUUUUCCUUUCAUUUUCUAUCAUCCUUAAAAAAUUCAUCGUCAUUAUUCUUCUGCUAUCCCUAUUUAUUCUACUUCACCAGGGCAUAUUAUUAAGAUGGAAAGUCUAUCGCAUGCAUGGCAGUUCACACCUUGUAUCACUUGUUCAAUUUAUUGAUUAUUUUUUUUGUUGAAUAAAAGGACCGUUUCAAGGAAAAACGGGGAGGAUUGAUUUGAUGAAGACCCAAUAAGCUUGCCAAGCCGUAGUAAGAAGCCAAGCAGGAAGAGGGUGAAUUAAAAAUGACUCGUUCAAUCUGGUAGCUCUAGCAUCUACUCACAAUCAGAUGUUAGUACGUGUUUGAUUAUUAUGUCUUGCUUGAAUAGAAAAUAAUAGUGCAGAAUCUACGUUUCUCUUUAUAGAAAUUGUAAUCAAGCCCUCCAUCUUCACAUGCAUUCUUUCUUUAUUACAUUUUUUUAUAUUCAUAAUGACAAUUACGGUUUUUCCUGUUA